UCUACUCUCAAGUUCUUUUUUUGUUGUUUUUUUUUCAACAAGUGGUGCAUUUCUUUUUCUAAAUUAGUAGACUGUUAUAAAUAUCCUUUGUUGUUGGCUACCCUGUAUUCAGUACAUGGGUAUAGUUAAGGGGAGUGCGCAAUUUCGGGGCAUCUAUGCGACUACAAAGAAUUCCACGUUAUUUUGGAGCUUUUGACGGUUUUGUUAAGGUUUAAAAGCAGUAGAAAUGUUUGAAACAGGAGUGAUGGGGAAUGGGAGGGGAGAUGGAAGGAUGUAAUGGGGAGAGAUGUGGGAGGGGGUGAAGGAAUAUGAGUGUGUGUGCAAUUUCAAGGCGGUCUUUCAAAUGCAAAAAAGGGAAAAUCAGUUUACAGAGAACGAAAACGAUUAACCUCUGUAUAUAUAGCUGCAACAUUAUAAAAGAAGAUACAACGUGUUUGCCAAUGCAGAUGCUGGAAUUCAUCAGUUGUACAGUUUACAAGGCAGCAAUGCGCGUAAUUUUAACUCGAGCUAGGUGGAUUCACCUAAACGGUGUGUGAGAGAAGGAAAGAAGAAGAGGGAACCAGUGGGAAGGGGGCGGGGGUGUAUGGACCUCACUGGUUGCGGGACCUAUAGGCACCCCGAUUGUGCUGUUGUUAUUUUUAGAGGUAAGGACAAAAGAAAUCAUUUUUUAGAGGAACGGCCCCUUAUUCCAAAGAGUGUGACGGGCCCCCCGACUUCGCCGCCGCUGGUCGGGGCUGUCAAGACGACCGACGGAGAGGGAAAAGCGGCGGAGCAGUCGACUCAAGUCCGGGGUUUCCUGCUACAGCAGCGGGAAUCACACAAAACACCCUUUCACUUCUCGUGGGGCCUUCAGCGUUCUCAGAUGUUCUCAUCCCUUCUCACUGACAAGAAAGGCCUGCAUUGAGAUAACCGUUGAAGAACGAAGAACAGAUCACAAUGAAAAGCCUUACUUUCAGAUGGUACCACAUGAAGAGGAGCUAGGCCAGAGGACCUUUAAAUGAAUGGCAAGAAAACAAGCAAAUAGUGUGGAAUAUAUCAGAGAGUCAGAUAUCCGUUCUAUAAAACUAAGAACAAAUAAAAAGGGAAGAACAAAAAAAUUAGUGUGCAAAAGAAGAAAAGGACUUCUGGGGACCAAAGAAUUUUUUAAACACCAACAAUUGAAGACAGUUCACUCAAACAGUAUUCUGAAGGAGAGAAAUAUAAUCCAUGAAAUCUAUUUAAUCAUAUUAACAUUAGCAUCAGUGAACAUAUGAAAAGGUCCAUGGAUAUUUUCGGUCCUAUGUAAGGACUAGUUAUUUUAUGAUUUGACAGCUGAGCUGCUAGACAUAAGUGCACAGAACUACCUGAAAACAGCAUUUGUGUGCAAUUUGCCAGAACUGACGAUUUGCAGUGACUGCAGUCUCACUUGUACUGACUCCCUUGUGAGCAUUUUCAGUGUGACCACACUGAGCUUUUUUUUCCUAUUUCGGGUGGGACAAUGUAAUUUACUUUCUGAGUUCAGCUAACAGAACUGGUGUACUUAAAUUCCAUUCACCAAAAACGUUUUUGUGCCAAACUUCCAACAGCUGCAUAGAGAUAAUAGCAACAUCUGCAACGUUUUUUGAAUGUAACUGCUGCUACACUACACACCAUCAAAUCCUUAGUUGCUGUCAGUGGAAAUUUGAACUCAAUGCUUCAGCUCCUCAAUUAUUUAUUGUCAGGCCAUCUCUUAAGAGUCAACAAAUUUACCUGCAGAAAUUUACCCCAUUUUGUCAUUGCAUCUCCAGCUGCAGAAUCUCUCUUCGGAGUUAUUUGUUUUUUUUAUAUUCACUGAUAGUCUACUCCAACCCCAUAAAUUGCUGCGUCAGCUGCUCCUGGCUGUGAUGAACUUGUGCUUAUAUUGUUACAACCAGUCGGAAACUUCAUACUCUAACACACUUCAUUUUCAGUGACAUCUUCUAUAUUUAAUCCGAACAAGAAAGGCGUCUGAGCAAAUUGUUGCUCCUGGAACAUUUCCAAAUAUCAAAUUAAUAAGCCUGAACAUUUUCAGAAACCCCAAACAAGGUAUAAAAAAUGCAAAACUUUCCCAACAGUCCUGCUUCUCUUCACCCUGGAUUUACCAACCGGAGUGGGAGCAUGGUCGGCUCUCCGUAUCCCCCACACUCAGGGGACCCUCAGAUAUCCCCAAGAUCAAUAGAGGAGUAUGCUGCCAUGCAGCAGCAAGCCCAAGCAAACCCUCAAAGUCACGGUCAAGGUCACUUGCUUCACCGGGGGCAGCAGCACCCUGGCCAUGCUGCUCACAUUCAUGGAUAUGGGUCAAGAACCAGAGCAGCUGGGGAAGUGCCCCAAAACAGCCCCCACAGUGGAAGUAACAGCAACCCCUACAGAAAAGACAUGGAUUACUAUUUUUCAGUGAGUGGCAGAGACCGAAGCAGACGAGGAGGUUUGGGGUACGGGACCGGUUUUGGGUACUCAAACUUGGAUGGGCAUAUGCCCCACCAGUACAGACAUGGUGUUGGUUCAGGUUCAGCCUCUGGCAUGAUGUCUCCAUACCCUCUGGACUAUGGAACCACUGCUGCCUCUGGAGGAAGUGGCAGUAGUAGCAGCGGUGCAGGAUCAUUUUCUCCUUCUCAGCAGUACAACAUGGGUCAGGGCGCUUCCAUGCAACCAGUGUCCGCAUCUCCCAUGCACCAGCGCCAGCACAGCCAGAAAUAUCCCUCUCACCAGGCACUACACCAAGGGCAGCCUCAUAGGUCUUACCCUCUGCACAGUCAUAGAAUGCCCCCUCAGUUUUCACAGUACCCGGCAGGAUCAGCUGGAAUAUACAACUCUCCACCACACAGAUAUGAUGGGAGUGGCAGUGGUGCCGUCGAUGUUAAAGUAAACAGCUCACCCACGCACUCCAAUCCUGCCCCUUCGAACAGCACAGGGCCAGCUGAGAGCCUGGGCCAGCCCUACCCAGCCAGCCAUCCACAGUAUUCCCCUCAGUCUCAUUCCCUUCACAAACAUACUGGCCAUGGCCAGCGUAACUCCCAGCACAGUCUGGUGACAGGCUAUGAUCCCUCUGUAAAAAUGCAGCCUCAUGCAGCUCAGGCAAGUCAUGCAUAUUCAAAGCAUUCCCACUCCUCUGUUCCAUCGGCCAAUCCAGGCGUGACGCACCACUCUUCUCAAGAGGUCUCAAAAUCCCCCAUGAACUCUCAAACCCAACCAGCCCAAAUGCAGCAAAACUUUAGCCCCAUAUCUAACCCUUCGCCAGCUGCUUCAGCAGUUCAGUCUCCCAGCUGUAGCUCAUCCUCUUCGCCCCUCAUGGGUGUCUCUGAAGGUUCGGGGAACACCUCUGCUCCCCAGGUACAGCCACCAUCUCAAAGUUCCCUCUCAAACCCUCGCAACAGCCACAGUCACGGCAGGUUACUGCAAACUGUACCUCAGCUAAGUCCAACUCCCCACUCCAAUAGCAGCAUAAGUAGUUGUGGGAGUAGCAUUGGUGGUAAAGGUAGCCGCCCUGCUGUGAAUGCAGGUCGAUCAGGUGUUGGCAGUAAGGGAGCGGCAGCCAGGGAAGAAGGGCCAGUCUCUCUUUACCAGUCUUUCCCCCAGGAAAAAAUCAUGCAAGAUACAGGGCUUAACAGUUUGAAUGCCCUUACAUCUCAAGUGGCUAACAUACCCAAUACUGUACAACACAUGUUGCUGACUGACACUCUGCUUUGUCACAAGAAAGGAAAAGAUGGGGGACAACACCCCCACAUGCAGCCAUCGUCACAAGCUGUGCCCUCUCAGUCAAAGAGCCAGAGUGCCACUGCAACUCUGGGACAUGGCCCAGGGAGGGAAGACGGUGGUGUGAUGGUUAGUGAAGGUGGCAGCUCUGAAAGAGCAGCAAUUGAAGAUCUCUCCUCCAGGCCAGAAAGACCUUCAGAGACCAAGGAGGAGCAGGGGGAGCACUUUUCUGAUGGCGAGCCGAAGAGAAUGAGGCAAAUGAGUGGCACUAGCAAUGAGUCAGAACCAAGCAACUAUUAUCCACCAUCCAAGAGCCAUGGAGAACCGACCCCUUCGCACUCUCACAAUCCAACCGAGCAAAGUUGCCGCAGAUUGCCACUUCGAGUUGACACUGAAGUCUCCAAAAAGCAGUUGUCAGCUCAGUAUUCAACUGUAGGUGGAGCUCAAACUAAAACACCAGACACCCAGACUCCCUCAUCAUCCUCACCACCUUCUGUUCCCCCCUCUGCGCAGCCUAGUCCAAAUCUGCCCCAUUGCCUUCCUCCCUCUUCCAUUACGUCAUCAUCAACUCCCUCCCCUGCCCACUCCUCACUAUCUAAUUGUUAUUUGGAGUCUGAUGCCACAAAUGCUGACACUAAAAAUGGGGUAAGAGAAAGGGAACCCAGAGAAAUUAAAAUGGAAAGGAACAGUAAAACUGAGAGUGAAGAGGCAAACAAAAAAUGGGAAAACGUUGCUCAUAGAGGAGACCUUGCAGGCCUCCCUGAAGGAGAUGGGUCAAAGAAGUUGCAGAGUAUAGACAGCUGCAAGGAGGAAUUGUUAAGCCCAAAACAAAAUGAAAACAAGGAGGGGAGGCCAGACAAGGGCCAAAACUUUGUACCUGACAGGACUUUGAAUGCUGCUGAGCCACAACAUGGAGGAGUUGGUGUAAUUGUGUCAACUCGCCCUGACAGUAAUCAACCUGAAAUAUCUAAGCAUCCUGAAAAUACGCCUUUGUCUCCACAAUAUGGCGGUCCUCUGCACUCUAGUCAACAGAAUUAUCCUGAUGAGAGGAAGUUCCUCAGAGAUUCACGCAGCCAUAAUGGUGACGGGGAUGGUCCUGUAGACCAAUACCCUGCACAGUAUGAUGCGUCCUCUAAACCUGACUUUGGGCAGAUGGCACCCCAUCUGGGUCCUUAUAAGUAUGGAAACCAUGAUAUGUCCUUUAAUACUUGCAUAGGCAUGAAGAAUAGAGGGAGAAUGGGUCCAGGAGCAGGGAUGGCAGCGAAUGCAAGAUUCCAAGGAUACAAUCAGCCACAACUCACUUAUGGCUCUGUGCCCAGAAAGAAUUCUGGGAUCAUGGGACUGGACGCACAAGUGAGAAGAGCAAUGGGUAUGGGACCAAGACCUGAAGACAGUAAUUCUCAGAUGCAACAACCGUAUCCAAGCCUAUUGCAAGAGGUCCUUCAAGGCUAUCACAUAGACAGGCGUUAUGGACGUCCUGACCAAGUGAAUGCUCACUUACAGUCUCCAAACCUGGCUCAACACCACUACCAACCCAGACAUCCCUAUGCCUUGAUUGAAAGUAUGAAACCUCAUGGAGUCAGUUCUCCAGCUCUGAUGAGUGGGGUCAGUGUUCAUCAUGCCGAAAUGACCACAGGGAAGCCUCAUCCUCUGAGUCAAGGGUCUGGGAAUGAUAUAGGACCAGCGCUCUCUCAUUCCUCAUGGGAUCCAGAAGCGCAAAGAUUAAAGGGGUCACACUGUGGCUCCUCAGAUAAGAACAGAAUAGGUGCAUCACCAAACCAGUCUUCCCACAUGCAGCAGCCCACAGAAUUGACUGCAGUUCCUCCCUCAAAGCACAUCAAUUUAGCUGACUACUCCUUACCACAGAGGAAAUCUUCCUGUUUGACCACUCCUGCUUCAGCUGUCCAACAACUGCUGUUACAGGAAGUUGAGCCACUAGCUGGCAGUGUGACUCCCACCAAUCAAACACAAAUAUCAACUGCCUCACUUUUGUCACCAUCUUCUGAGCGGCGCUCAGUUAUCUGUGAUGUGUCUCCAUCUCGAAGGACCCCUGAUCAAGAGAUGGGUCAGUCUGGGACACCUGCAGCUUCAGUUAUACAACAGACAUUUUCUUCAACAGCACAGGAGCAAGACAACAGACAGGAACAGCCAGGAAAUAAGGCAGAGGUGAAAACCGAAGAACCUAUCACCACAAUAGAGGCUACAAAUCAAAGUAGAUUAGGUCUGUCAGCCGAUGCUACCAAGAAAAAGAGCAAAUGUACUGUCCCAUCUGCAGACAUGCAUUCCAACCCUCACAGGACCAGUGGUGGCAGUAUUGAUCUUGCCACCACUCGCCACCAUCCACAUCCACUUCCCCAUCAUUCCAUCCAAAAUCCUCUGAUGUCUCCACAAAGACAGCAGCCCUGCUCUCAAGGACUUGAUGUAUCUGGGAGUCAUACAUCUGCAUACACUGGCUAUUCAUAUGGUGAUGUCAGAGAGGGAAAUGCAGAACUGAGUAAAGCGCAUAAUCCCUCCUACCAUGGUUACGGUGUGACGUCUUCUCAACCCCAGCUCCGUAACAAACCAGAGGGGUAUUCUCAUCCUCUUUCCCUCCACCAUGCACAUGAUGCCGAUGCCAGACUUGAUUGGACAGCAAAUCCCAGCAGACCCACCGAAAUGCUGAUACCCAACUCUGCUCCUGACCUUCAUGCUCCUCAAAACCAACCUGAGCGGAAGAUGAUGUCUCCAACCGAUGGCCUGACCAAUUCAUCUCAGUUACCCAGACAACAUCCACAAUAUCCAGGAGCAUACUAUGAUAUGAAGAUGUGGGAAGCCUAUGCUGCAAGAGAAAGUGGCGGAGGAAUGCUGGAAGGAGAUCCCUCCACAAGAAUCCAGCAGCCAGCUUCUGCAGUACCUCCCGAGUCAGUAUCUGCACAACCCACUGCAGGUUCCAUACACCCAGAGACUGAGAGCCCUCGGGCGGUAAAGGAGGAGACCGGGAAAUCCCUUCAUCCCCUACCUGCUUCUAAUUCUGUCAGUCACGCGAGCAGUGCUGGUGGAAACCAAGGUACUCCCCAGGGCCGUCAGUUCAGAACAGGUGGGUCAGGGGAACCAAACCCAUUAAUGAUGAGGAGGAGAGUUCGUUCUUUUAUUUCCCCCAUACCUGCUAAAAGGUUGCAUCAGGAUGGAGCGCAAAAGAUAGGGCCAAGUUCAUAUCAGUCCUCACUAUCUCACGCUGAUCCCAGAUACCAAAAUGAGAGUGACUCAGAUGCACCUCGUCCCAGAUUAUCUUCUCCGAACUCUUGCCCUACACCCAAUUCUCAGUCACCACCUUCACAGGGAAAGACAAAGGUAUUGCCUCCAAGAAAGGGAAGAGGUCUGAAACUAGAGGCCAUAGUGCAGAAAAUUACACCAAAUGUGAAGAAAGUGGGUGAUUACAACAGCCAUGGAGAUUCUGACUCAAAUUACCCAGAUACAGAAGUCACACCUUACUGUUCAGAUGACCAAGAUAUCAGUGCACGUUUUUCAAGUGGGGAUGGGAGUUGCCUUCCAUAUCUUGGAGAAGGUCAGUCCUUAGAUGAGGUUUUAUCUUACAGAUCAAUGGACGACGCUGGGCCUCCACCUAUGAUCACAUAUGAUUCAUUAAAAGAAAGCUCCACUGGUAGUUCUAUUGGUGGUGCGUUAAGGGGGUUGCAGUCAGACUUUGACUUUGGGUUGGGUACAUCAACAACUCCAGGAUCUCUUGUGGGUGAAAGUGACAAAGAUGACCUUAGAAUACCAUCAGAUUUCACCUUGUUGGGGCCUUUACCACCUCCGCCACCGUUGCCUCGUCCAGUCCAGGGCUCUCCUCCUCCUUCUUCAUCUGCCCUGUCAGAUAUUCAACAAUUUACAAACACUUACCAGCAACUUGAGACUCGAAGGGGAGAACAGUCUGCUGCCAACCUCUUGAGACAAAAGCUACAGGAGACUGGCAUGGGAUUUGAUGAAUAUUCUGGCAGUGACUACUAUGGUCAAGGGCAUCACCUGUUAUCCCGAUCACAGCAUCAGGUUUCUUCUCCAAGAAGUGGGAUGUCAAUGUCUGAUUCCAAACAACUAGAUAGUUCUGUGCCUAAGGGCUACUUUCCUUCUGGCAAGAAAAAGGGACGGCCAGUUGGAAGUGUGAACAAGCAAAAACGUGCCCAACAAAACCAGCAGCAGAAUAUGGGGCCUAGUUCUACCACGAAUUCCCAAGCCUCCUCUCCUGCUGCGGCUGCCCCUACUGUACCCCAGGUUGCUCCAUCUACUUCUACCGUCACCAAGGCAGAGGUUCCCACAAGCUCCACAACAUCACCAGAAAACCAAACACCCCCACCUUCAACGGAGCCUGAUCAGCCUGCAGCAGUGAAAGUGGAUAUAGAGGUUGAGGACACACAAACAGAAGUUGUUGCGAAGCCUGGUAGACACAGGCAAAGAAAGGGAAAAGAAGACAACGAAGACGGAGCGCUAAGCAGCAGGCAACGGAGGAGACGGAGAGCUGUGGCAGUGACUUCAAAGGAGGAGCCAGACACAACAAACACAGUAGGAAAUACUGGAGGGAUUUUCCUAGAUAAACAAAACAAUGCCUUCUCCCCAUAUAUACAUGUGGAGAGGAAGAUUGCAGACCUAGGGGCUGUGUGUACUAUUGUUAAUGCAGAGGAGGAGAAAUUAAAGUCUGGGAAAGGUAGUGGUGCUGGUGGUAGCAGCACAGACACACUCUCAAAUCUCGCUCAAAUGGUCAAGCGAGACAAAGACAUGGCGAGAGUGAGAGAAAACAGUGUUACUGAGCAGGCUGACUCAGCCCUUCAGACAGGAAAAGCUCUCCCCUCUUCUGGAUAUGUCCUCCCAGGACCUGUGGUCUCUGAAUCAUCGCACACUGGUCGUCUGCUAUGUUGCCUUUGUCAAAAGUGGGCCAAUUACAAACAUCUUGGGGAUCUGUAUGGCCCUUACUAUCCCUCUGAGUAUGCUUCUAAACUUCCCAGGAGUCACCCCCAGAUUAAGCAGAUACUCUCUCACCCCGGAGUCAGCACAUCGGGAGUAAAUCUGAUAUCUAAUUCAGCAGAGUCGACAUCCAGUGACACGCAGUUACUGGACUCUUCUAAUGUCAAAUCCUCAACAGACAGUGAUUGUACAGCUAGUCACGCUACCAACCCAACAUCUCCUGCUACUACAGUGGGCACAGCGUCCCCAGCAGCUGGUGAGGAGAUGCCUUCACUUUCAUACAAAACUGCCAGUGCCACCAUCAACAGGAGAGUGCAUAAUUGGGAGCUGACCCAAGAAUCGUCCACUGUAACAGAACAACAGAAACCACCAGAGCUACAGAAUGAGGUCACAGGUGACCUGAAGCCGCAAAGCCAACACCAGCAGUUGGAUGAUGCCCAGCAGUGGCCACAACACAGGAAACUCACCUCACACCCACGAUUCAAACGGCGGCACAAAUCCGGUGAGGAUUUGCCCAGAACCAUCCCCAGCAACAACAAAGCCUCAUUGCCAUUCCAGCCGCCACCCCCUAGCCUGGACUCUCUUGGUCCUCUGGCCCAGCUUGCCCAACUUCCUCAAGUGCCCUUGGACCCAGAGGAGUUGUGGGUACAUGAAGGAUGCAUAACCUGGGCAAGUGGGGUGUUUCUGGUGAAUGGAAAACUGUAUGGCUUACAGGAGACACUAGACGGUGCAAGAGAAACGAAUUGUUCUCAUUGUGAAAUGGUUGGCGCAACCCUUGGUUGCCAUAGCAAAGGCUGCACGCUGAGAUAUCACUACAUUUGUGGCAUAGAAGCAGACUGUUCUAUGAAUGAAGACAACUUUUCACUGAGGUGUCCAAAGCACAAGUUCCCCCAGAGCAGUAGGCCAGCUAAGUCCAUUUACCUAGAGCAAUCUGAGAGAGGCUGAACUCCACAGGGGACAUACUCACACAGAAGGUUUGGACAUGCCAGCUAUGAUGGUGAAGGACUGUACUGUCUGUAAAUGGAACUGGAGUAGAUGUUGUAUGGAUGAGAAGAAUGUAAAAACAACACUACAACACAAAAAUGGAGUACCAAUGACUUUCAAAAAGAUGUUACAAAGUGACAAAAAAAGAAAAUAAGCAUUUUUUCACAAUACCCGUCAAUACCUAAAAAGGAAUAAAAACGAGAGAUGAGCAACAUGGAGGAGGAGGAAAAAUAAAGACAAAACAAGUGUUCCAAAGAGGAACUUCACCUUUUCAGCAAGAAAAUAGACAAACUGCCUCUCUUCUAAAACUUUCAAUUUGUGUACACACUUUUGGGACUAUUUCUGUUGUGAUUUCAUCAAUACUGUUGUUAUAUGGCGUUCACAUGAUCUUGUCCAGCUUUUUUUUUUUAUGUGUGUGUGUGUGUGUGUGUGGAAGGGAAACCCUUUAAGGGACAGUCCAAGAUGGCUGAACUUAACAGACAACAGAACAAAAAGGGAGGCAGUGUAUUUACACUUAUGUUAUGUAUUUUCUUAUCAUAAUCCACCUCUGUAUAAUUAUUUUUAAUCGUCAUUAUUAUUUGCUAUCAGUAUUCUACUCCUAAAUCCUAAUGGAAGAAUAUCAAACUAAGCUGCAUUGUCUUCACCGCGACCAUGAGGGGACUUGGCAGUGAAUCCAAACAUGACCGUUCACUCAUCAGGACCUCUCAUCAUUCCUGAAGGACAGGGGAAACUGAACGACAUCAUUUGGAAUGUCAGGGUUGAGUUGCCACAGAGACAUAAUUGCCUUGGAGAAUGGACAUCUAUUGCCUUUCGGAAGUGUGUCUGUGUGUACGAGUGGUUUUGUGAGUUGUGUUGAGUGUGUGUGUGUGUCCGUGUCCAUUUUUUGGGGUCCUUUGCAAAGUGUUCUUAUUUUUCAUCCUUACAAUUUUUACAGCACAGAAAGUGUACAUGAAAAUGAAAUGGACAUAUUAUUUUUCAGAAAGAGGAGAAAAAAACAGACACUUCUGGUGAAAAAGGAUACUGGAUCCUAGGGGUGCGCAGGUGACUUCAUUGAUGUUGUGCAUUUCCGACAUCAUUGACCACAGUUGGUGAAACAUGAUGAGGCUAAAACAUCACUGCGGGAUUUUGUGUAGAGGAGGGGUUUGGAGUUGGUUUCACAGAAGCUUUUUUUGUGUUAGUUUUGUUUUGGAAGGUGCCGAGACAUUGCAGCAUGGGCCGGAUUCCCCUGCCUUUGCUCAAAGUUGAAGUGUCACAAAAUCAAAAGGGGUGGGUGUAACUGCUGUCCAGUGUUGGACAGAAAGAGACAUAUAUCCACAAGGAAAAAAACAGUGUUGCCAUAAGCUUAAAAGUCAAAUUCCCACAUGGUAUUACUAUCUUUAUCAUUUUUUAUUAUUAUUCUUGUAAAAAAAACACAAACACCAAGAAUGACCAUAUUGAAAACAUGUUGUACUAGAAACAAACUGUCAAUAUGUAUAUGAAUCAUGAAUACAGUUACAAAAAAAAGAAAA